AUGCCCAGGAUUAUCUCUUCGUCUGAAACUACAGUUAGUUUAGACUUACUUGGACCAAAUCAACACACAAACGCGGAGGAAAGUCGGAAGUCACCUGCUUUGUCAAUAUUAGAGGCUCGGGAUGGUCUUGACGAAAUCAAAGGAUGGCCAGAACAGCCUCGCAAGCUACGAGACAGAUCAGUUCUGUCCGUUUUGCUCAGUAUUAGCGAUGUCUUGAUCGCGUUAGUACCAGUGGCCUUCAUCGUACUCGCUGCUCUUGCCGCUAAGCUUGAUGGUCAACCUAUUGAACGUAAUGAGCUCGGACGAAAUGUUAAGAGGAUCACCCAGCUUGGACCGACUAUAUUUCCGAUCAUCUUUGCUGCAGUUGCUGGGAGAUCACUCAAAACACUCACCAGAUACUGUGCUGAGCGAGGUAUGCAGCUGGGUGUCCUUGAGCUCCUCUUAGCCAGUCAAAGUGUCUGGGGUGCGAUAGAAAGUCAAAUGCUUCUGCGAAAAUUCACUGUAGUGGGAGUUCAUCUGUUCUUCUUAUGGAGCUUAUCUCCUCUUGGUGGUCAAGGGUUUCUGCGGAUGUUGACUACCAGGAUUGAUGCUACGACGACUCCUGGCCUCGGUCUCGUAUACCUACCAACUGGUGCCAUGCUUCCUAACAUGACCAGCAGUGUGUUCGCUCAGGCCGAUACCGCUACAGGACUUGCAGCAACAAAUUCCCUCUAUAACGCUAACCUAUUGUCACCAGAUGUUGUCAAAAGAUCCAGCCUGGAUGUUUGGGGGAACAUGAAGGUCCCCAAUUGGAGCACUGUUACUAUGGUGGAACCAUCCGAUCAGAAUGGAUGGAGAUCUGUACCACCUGUGUCAUUCACCAGACAACUACACGUCUCUUGCUGGCUUGCCAAUUUCUGGUCUCAUGAACAAGGUUGGCAAGAUUCAGAGUUUCGGUUUUGA